UUAGGCCCCAGCUAAGGCCUGCUACCUCUGAGGGGCCAUGUCAGAAGGCGAGAGCAAGGACAGCUCGGGCAGCGAGUGCCCUGUGUGCUACGAGAAGUUCCGGGAUCUAGAGGGCGCCUGCCGGACCCUGAGCUGCGGCCAUGUGUUCUGCCACGACUGCUUGGUCAAGUACCUGCUGUCCACCCGGGUGGACGGACAGGUGCAGAGGACUAUCGUCUGCCCCAUUUGCCGCUAUGUCACCUUCCUCAGCAAGAAGAGCUCCCGCUGGCCCUCCAUGCUGGACAAGAGCUCACAGACCCUGGCUGUGCCCGUUGGCCUGCCCUCUGUGCCCUCACCAGAUCGUGGGGGCCACACAAACCCCCUGGCUGUCUCCCAGCAGGUCUGGAGACAAUCGCCAAGCCAGGGGACGCAGCUCCCCUUGGACCUGCUGCCCACCCUACCCCGAGAGUCGCAGAUCUUCAUCAUCAGCCGCCAUGGGAUGCCACUGGGGGAACAGGACAGUGUGCUGCCCCGACGCAGCCUGGCAGAGAUCUCUGAGGCAUCCCCAGCUCCCAGCGCCACCCGCUCCUUCUGCUGCCGGUCUCGGGCCCUUCUCCUCAUCACCCUCAUUGCCGUGGUGGCUGUGGUAGCUGCCAUCCUGCCCUGGGUGUUGCUGGUGAGGAAGCAGGCAUGAAUUGCAGCAUGCAGAGGAUGGGGGAGUAAGGCCCAGCAUCGAAGCUGCGCUCCAC